UCUGCUCGCCGGGCGGAGACCGAGGGAGGCGGGUGGGGUCCUAGCGGCGCGGCAGCGGAGCCGAGGCGGGUCUGGGGGUGGCGGUUCUUGGAGUCUGAGGGACUCUAGCCAAGCGGCCGUGAGAUCGUCCGCGGCCCCAGAACGAAUUGAGGCUGAGGCCGCGAGGCCGUGUCCGGAGGAAGGCAAAGGAGAAUGAAAGAAGUAGAUAAUCUUGAAAGUAUAAAAGAAGAAUGGGAUUGUGAAACAGGAUCUGACCAUCAACCUCUUAGUGAUAAUCAACAAACAAAUUGUGAAUAUUUUGUUGAUAGCCUUUUUGAGGAAGCUCAGAAGGUUGGUACCAAAUGCUUGUCCCCUACAGGACAGAAGAAACAGGUAGAUCUAAGUAUAAAAUUAUGGAAAAAUGGAUUCACAGUAAAUGAUGAUUUCAGAAGUUAUUCUGAUGGUGCAAGUCAGCAGUUUCUGAACGCUAUCAAAAAGGGGGAAUUACCUUCAGAAUUACAGGGAAUUUUUGAUAAAGAGGAGGUGGAUGCUAAAGUUGAAGAUAAAAAAAAUGAAAUAUGUGCAUCUACAAAACCUGUAUUUCAGCCCUUUUCAGGACAGGGUCACAGACUAGGAAGCGCUACACCAAAAAUUGUUUCUAAAGCAAAGAGUAUUAAAGUUGAAAAUAAAAGUAAUUUGUCUGCUGUUCCACUGAACAACUUGGAACCUAUAACUAAUAUAAAGAUCUGGUUAGCCAAUGGGAAAAGGAUUGUCCAGAAAUUUAACAUUUCUCAUAGGGUAAGCCACAUCAAAGACUUCAUUGAACAGUACCAGGGAUAUCAAAGAAGUCCUCCCUUUUCCUUGGCAACAGCUCUUCCUUUCCUCAGACUGCUAGAUGAGACCCUCACCCUGGAAGAAGCGGGUUUACAGAGCGCUGUAAUCAUUCAGAGACUCCACAGAACUGCUGCACCUUUUAGAAAACUCUCAGAGCAUUGAUUUUUGAUGGACUCAGUGGAAAAUUUACAGAGAAAUGAUGAUUAUAAGUGGGUGUGCAAACUAAAGUGGAGGACAGGAAAAGUCAGAUUUGCUGGACUUUUUGGUUUGCCUACUGUUUACCUCUCCUGAGUUAGAAGAUUUUGAAAUAAAUAUAGGUUAGGAAAGUAACAUAUGACUAGAAAAUUAUAUUCCAUGCACUUUUACCAAAAGCCUACUCAAAAGAAAAAUAGACUUAUUUUCAAAUACCAAUUAAUCAGCAUAAUGUAUGUUAAAUAGAUAUAUCAUUUAAAAUCUAAAUGUGGUAUAAAUUAGCAAAUAUGUUCACAACUUCAGUCAUUUAAACAUUCACAAACAGCAGGCAUUUAUUUAAAUGUUAGGUGUUCUCAGUAUUUUUAAAUGGCACGAUACAUUAAAAAAUUACAUGUGGCAAGUUAAAAGAGCCAAUGUCUUAAAGUUCAGAUAUAAUCAAAAGGUUAGACCCAUUUUUACCACAGCUAUGCCUAAACCUCACAGUGUUCUGUUGUCAUUCUGUAUUGGCAAGAUACACUCAGACCAAUUUGGCAAUACUAUCUAAGAUGUAUUUUCAUUUAAGAAUAAAAUUGUGCAGCU